AUGUCUUCGUCUCUAACGGACGUCUUUGGCUAUUCCAAAGACAGCCAAACUAACACGAUAGCGCUUUUGCGGAGGGCGGAGCAAUGGGAUGGAGAGGACCAAAAUUUCAAUCGUCGAGCUUUGCCGAAUCAAGAUGAUUCGGAGAUUCAACGGUGUCUAGACAAGAUUCCUGACGGCCCAAUCUUGGACUUCUUACUGAAAUAUUUUGUGCGCGAGGUGAAUUGGAUGGAUCAGCUUGUUCAUAUUCCAUGGAUCCUAGACGAAUACGAACGCUGGCGAACUGUCAAAAAGCCAUCAUCUCUCUUUGAGAUUGAGUUCACGGUUCUCGUUUUGAGAAUAUGCUCAUAUGCAUCCGAAUAUCUCCCUUCUCCAUCAUGUACCAUUGAACGGAUCCGGGACAUGUCACUGGCGGAUAUUCGCCACUCGUGCGACGAAGCUGCUGACAGUCUCACGGAAAUCUGUCUCCGUCUGAAUUCCAAGGGAAGCCUUCUUCGCGUACAACACUUGGCCUUUGUUGGCUUAAAGGCCAAGUGUGAGGGCCGGAUGAAGGACUUCCGAGAUGCACUCAGGUCCGCGAUACAGGUGGCUCAAAGAAUUGGGGCAGAUAAAGAUGUUCCUUUGGUGGUUCUAGAUAUGGGUAAGUUGGAGGAGGAAACGCGUCGCAGAAUAUUCUGUAACCUCUAUAUAUGGGAUAGCUAUUUAUCACGACAAUUGGACCGUAUACCUAUUAUACCCAGUGGGAUAGAGCCGGAGAACAUGCCGCGUAUGCGCCUUGGCUCUGAUGUUGAUGACGGCCAUGGCCUCGAGGAAUUCACUGAGCGCAUCCUUCAGGUUCGCCUGGCCAAUUUCUGGAGGAGCAUGUGUCCAACAUUAGGGUCUAAUUAUGAUGUGAUUGUUGCCGAAGAGAGAUACGAAAAACUGUGCAGUAAGUUCCUGACUAUGCUGCCAUCCGCUUUUGCCCUCCAACCAAACAAGCAGUGGGAUGCACGACUUCCGAUGCUUGCAAAACAAAGAGAAAUCUUAUUCAUAUCGAUAUUCGAGUCUCUUUGUUACAAUUUCCGGCCAGCCAUAUUGCUGGACGCAAGUCAUCUUCCUAAGUACAAGCAAGUCUUGCUAUCAUCCCAGCAAAAGGCUCUGGCGGUUUCUGCGCUCUAUGUUCUGCAAGGGGUAUCUAGACUGCAUUCUCUGAUUGGCGGCUCUCAAACACGGUACACAGGAAUUAUUCAACCGACGUUCGAAUCUGCAGUUCUUCUAGUAUCACUAUGCAUGAAUCAAAGUUUCCCUGGAGACGUCGAAAGUCACAGCUCGAGGAUCACCAAGGUUGAUCCUCUUCAGGCAGGUAUGGCGAACUUGACACGAGCGGAGUGCAUCAAGGCUAUACAAGAUGCACUCAGUCUCCUGCAAAUGUUAGCGGAAGUCAGCAACAUGGCGGAUGUGGGAGCACAGAGCCUUGCCAAGCUAGUUCACAAAGUCUCUAGGCAGCCAACAGGCGCAUCGGAAAUGAAAAACCCCUCUCAUCCAGAGGACGGAGAUUUCCCGCAGGCAGGAGAAAUCUCUACUGAAAUUCAUUUGCCAGAAUACUCAGAUUCGGAUGCCGCAGUCUCUCUGGCUGAUCUGGUUUCCGUGGCGGCUUUUGAUGUUGAUAUGAAUAUGAACUGGGAUGCUUUAGCUUCAAAUAUCUGA